AUGGCAAGCUUUAGGAGUACGCUUAUAUUCUUACUUUUAUGCAGGCAAAUUACUGGCGAUACUACAAAGAAUGUUCACAAACACAGCAACGAUCUAUAUAGCUCUUCAAUCACAGGACUCCUUAAGCUUCUCGAAAUGGAGCAAGACUUCAUAGAGAACAUAAGGGUAUACACAAAUAAACUGGCCGAGAAGGUUAAGAAUCUGCAAGCAUAUAUCGACUCAGUUUAUUACAAGGUCAAUGAAAGCUUAGAGGAUCGUGAAAAAUACGUCAGUAAUCCAUUAAAUGCCUUCAGUCUGGUAAGAAGGACACAUCAAGACAUGCCCAAAUGGCACAACUACUCGCAGCAGAUUGUGGGACUAGAGGAACUAUAUGCCUUAGAAGAAAUACUAUCUAAAGCCCCGGAUGAAAAGGACUUGGAGUACUCCCUGGAAAAAAUGGAUCAACUAGAAAAGACUUACGACUUAGAAGCUACCGAUUUAGCAAGAGGUCGUCUGCAUAAUAAAGAACACAACAUUACACUUUCCAUAAGAGAUUGUGUCGUUUUGGGUGAACACAAAUUGAAAAAUGAAGACUACAAGCGAGCGUCAAUGUGGUUUCGCGCGGCCAUAAAAAAGAAUCCCGAAGUAAAUGAUAUCAAUGAUAUUCUGGGAGAUCCGAAGGAUAAAUUGUAUAUGCAGUACGCAAAAUCAAUGAUAAUAUUUGGCAUGAUAAAGUCGAAUCCUUCGCUGACUAUCACAGAAGCUACGAAGAUAUCCCUCAUAGCCCUGAAUAAAGCCAGACUGGCAGAUGUAAAAUCUCUCAUAACCGAAUUACUAAGCCAAAGUGACGAACAAAUAGUUUGGGAAAUGAACCUGAAUAAGACAGCUCCAACAGACUACGAAUUGGGAUGUCGUGGGCAGUUUUCCACAAGGAAAAAGCUAGUUUGCAGUUACGAUUUCACCUCGUCUGAUUUCUUAAGAUUGGCACCUCUUAAACAGGAAGUUGUAAACCUGGAUCCACGCAUUGUAAUAUAUCACGAAGUUCUUUAUGACAAAGAGAUCGAAAAGCUAAAGCAGCAAUCGGAUAACUUUACUGCAUGGGAGACAGAAGCUAUCAAAAAACGCAUCAGCGACAUAUCAGGAUCUAGUUUUCCACUUGAAGGGGCUUACGAAAAUUUGUCCUACAAUUACAAGGAGAAUUACCGAAUGGGGGUAUUACUAUUCUUCCUUAAUAAUGUGGAGCAAGGUGGUGCGACGAUCUUUCCGAAGUUUAAAAUAUCUGUCUUUCCCCAAAAAGGCAGCUGUUUGUUUUGGAAUGAUGGAUCCGUCAAUGGAAGUCCAGCG